GCGGCACGAUGUGAGCGGGGCCGCCGAGCCGCGGCGGCCGGUGCGGAGGGCAGCGGGACGGCGGAGCCGCGCGGGCGGCCAUGCCCUUCUGAGCCGCGCAGGAUGUUCGGGCUGGAGCAGUUCGAGCCGCAGAUGAGCAGCCGGAGCGCCGGGCAGGGGGAGCGGGGCUUCGGCCAGCCCGGACUGAGCAUGAGCGCGCACUUCAAGGCGCCGGCCUUCCCCGGCGGCGGCCCGGCGGCUGCAGCGGCGGUGGACCCGGCCCUGGGCGCGCUGGGCGAGCCGCCCCUCCUGGGCAUGAACAUGAGCCUGGCCGGCGACGCGUACGGCUUCCCGGGCCGUGGCCCCGCCGAGCUGCACGGCGGCGGCAUGCAGCCACCGGUGCACGGCUUCUUCGGCGGGCAGCAGCCGCACGGCGGCCACGGCGGCGCCCACCACCCCCACCAGCACCACCCGCACUUCGGCGGCAACUUCGGGCCCGACCCCGGCGCCUCCUGCGUGCACGGCGGCCGGCUCCUGGGCUACAGCGGCGCGCUGGGCGGGCAGACGGCGUUCGCCGACGGCUACGAGCACAUGGCCGAGAGCCAGGGCGCCGAGGGCUUCGGACAGCAGCGCCCCGGGAACCUGCCCGACUUCCAGCACCACAGCGCCGGCGCCUCCAGCCACGCCGUGCCGGCGCCCUGCCUGCCCCUCGACCAGUCCCCGAACCGCGCCGCCUCCUUCCACGGGCUGCCGGCGGCCGGCUCCUCCGAGCCCCACGGCCUGGAGCAGCGGCGGCUCCCCGCGCAGGGCGGCGUGGACUCUCUGGAAUACAAUUACCCCGGCGAUGGCCCCGCCGGGCACUUCGAGCUGCCCGUCUUCUCGCCGUCGGAGCCCGAGGGGCAGCUGCCGCACUACGGAGGCGGGCGGCAGGUGCCAGCGGGCGGCAGCUACGCGGGGACACCCUCCCUGCCCCGGGCACCGGGCAUGGCCGUGGCCAAGGCGCACCCGCCGCAGCAGCACGGCGUCUUCUUCGAGCGCUUUGGGGGGGCGCGGAAGAUAUCCGCCAGCCUGGAGCCGGGGGCCAGCACCAGGCACCCGUUGAUGCAGCAGCAGCAGCAGCAGCCGCCACAGCCGCAGCAGCCACCGGGCUUGCUGGCCAGACAGAACUCCUGCCCGCCAGCCAUCCCUAGGCAACAGCAAACAGAAGCCAAUGCUCCCAACCCCAACUUGCAGGACAAUGGGCCAAUAAUGCAGAACCAGCAUGCACAGUUUGAAUACCCUAUUCACAGACUGGAGAACAGGAAUAUGCAUCCCUACACCGACCCCGUGUUUAAUAUGCAGCACCCUCCUCCACAACAGCCACCAAAUCAAAGACUGCAGCACUUCGAUGCCCCCUACGUGAGCGUCGCCAAGAGGCCGCGGUUCGACUUCCCCAGCAACCCCGGCGUCGAGCGCUGUGCCUCCUGGGGCGGCAGCAUGCACGGCCCUGCCAUGGAGAGCCACCUCUCCCCGUCGGCCUACCCUGGCCUGCCGGGCGAGUUCACCCCACCGGCGCCAGAGGCCUUCGGGGGGCCACUGCCACACGGUGGCCCCGAGCACCCGGCGCUGGCGCAGCGCCAGAACGCAGCCCUGGUGAUGAAGCAGAUGGCCUCGCGCAGCCAGCAGCGCCUGCGGCCACCCAGCCUGCAGCAGCUGGGGCACCACGGUGAGGUGGGCCCGCCCAGUGGCCUGCCCCCGCCGGCCUUCGAGCGUGAGGCUGGCAGUGGCCGUGGCUUUGACCCGCCGGCACCGCACCUGGCCCCUGACAGUGCCUGGUUUGCAGGGCCGCCACCACCUGGGGAGCUGCUCCCGCGACGCAUGGCAGCGCCAGGGCUGCCGGCCGAAGCGGCCCCCCAUGAGCUGGGCCUGCAGCCGGGCGGUGCGGCUGUGCUCUUCCGACCGGGCGCUGGCGGGCUGGGGCUGCAAGAGCCGCUGCGGAUGGCAGGCGAGGGGCCAGCGCAGGCCCUGCCCUCACCUGGUGUCCACCCGCCCUUCGCACCUGCCAUGGGUGGCCUCUCGCAGCUGCAGUCGCCGGGUGGUGGUGUGUCGCUACCCAAUGCCCCUGCUGAGCGACGUGGCCCUGCUGACUUUGCCGCCCAGCCAGGCUUCCCCUUUGGGGCAGCCGCACGGCAGCCAGCGGCCCACGGUGCUGCGCCCACCCUCAGCGCCUCGCCGGGUGCCUAUCCGCCACCCCCGCCUGAGUUCCCCCCGCCGCCGCCACCGCGGCCUGCCGCCAGCAAGCUGGGUGCCCUCUCGCUGGGCUCCUUCAGCAAGCCGGCCAGCAAGGACAACGUCUUCGGGCAGAGCUGCCUGGCCGCCCUCUCCACUGCCUGUCAGAACAUGAUCGCCAGCCUGGGUGCCCCCAACCUCAACGUCACCUUCAACAAGAAGAGCCCGGCUGAGGCCAAGCGCAAGCUCAGCCAGGCUGAGCCUGACCCGCCGCCAUCAGCUGCCCCGGACUAUUUCCCAGCAGGACCGCCGGCAGGCGGGGGCAGCGCGGGCAAGGCGGCAGGUGCUGCCCCGCUGCUGCCUGCCGAGAGCAGCCUCUCGCCCGGCUACGCGCUGGAGCCGGCGGCCAGCGGCGAGGGGAAGGCGGGCGGCGGGCGGGGGCGGGGCCGCCGGAAACGGGACAGUGGGCACGUCAGCCCCGGCACCUUCUUCGAGAAGUUCUCAGCCACAGAGGGCAGCGGGGCUGGCGUCAGCCCGGGGCAGCCGGCGCCACCAGCUGCGGGGGCCCCGCCAGGGGCUGCAGGCACGGAGCGUGGAGGGGGCACCCCGCAUGACAAGCCCCUGACCUCACCCUCCUGGGGCAAGGGUGGCGAGCUUCUGCUGGGGGAGCAGCCCGACCUCAUGUCGUCGUUGGACAGUGGUAUCCAGAGCGUGACCAAGUCGGAUGGCAGCUCCCCGCACGUGGACUUUCCUGACGAGGUCAGCACCAGCUACGGCAAUGAAGACGAGGUGUCCUCCAGCUCCGACAACACCGUCUCCAAGCCCACCCGCAGCCCGCUGCUAGGCGGCUCGCCCAAGCUGCCCCGCGGGGAGCAUGCACUUCUCAACGGACAGAAGCCCCUGGCCCUCGGCCUCCUCAAUACAUCUACCUCGACCCCUGACAGCUAUGGGCUCAGCACCACAGCUGGCGCCCACCCUGGCACACCGGGCAUGGAGCAGGUGCGGACCCCCACGAGCACCUCAGCCCAGGAUGAGAUCCACCCUCUGGAGAUCCUGCAGGCGCAGAUCCAGCUCCAGCGGCAGCAGUUCAGCAUCUCGGAAGACCAGCCCUUGGGGCUGAAGAGCAAAAAGGGGGAGUGCACAGGGCAGAAUGGGGACAGUGACCUGAGCAGUUGUUGCUCAGAGGGCGUUAAGGGUGCCAUGAGCACGAUUGACCUGGACUCCCUGAUGGCGGAGCACAACUCCACCUGGUACCUGCCUGGCGAGAAGGCCCUGAUGGAAGGGCAGGAGGAGGACAAGCCCAUGGUGCCGUGGGAGAAGCCCAAGCCCCCGAACCCCAGCAAAGAAGGCUGUGAUUCGACCCAGAGCCACGUGGAUGCCCUCUCAGACAGUGUCCCCAAGCAGCACCAUGCUGGCCUUGUUGCCGACUGUCUGCUGGACUCCAAGGAUCAUCUUCCAGCACACAGCUGGGCAGCCUCCCACUCAGAGCUGCUGCACUGGGCCGGGUCGCUGGCAGCGGCACUGACCUGCACCUAAGCAAGAGCACGAAGCCCAGACACCUGCUAGAUCCAGCCGGCUCCCAGCGGGAGGCAGAAUGGACAAGAGUUUCAGCUAGCCUUUGCCCACAGGCAGGUGCACCAUGGCCAUGCUGACAGAGAGUGAGGUGGGGUGUACAUAUCUUUGUGGAAGGUAUACUGGGGACUAGUGCCACACUGGGAGGGCUGAUUUAGUUGCAUGAAAACCACCAGCCAGUCGCUUUUAUAGAGAUUGUCUCCCAAAGACAUUUUCUGGAGAAAGGGUGCAAAGCGCAGAACUUCAGUGUGGCUGGAGAUGCUGACCAGCCCUUCCUGAGAGGAGGACCCUCUCCUUAUCCACAGCAAUGGUGCAGAUGGGGUGGCGGCAUCAGCAAAAACCUCCCUGGGCUCCGCUCCCACUCCCACUCAGGCUCUAAGGUAGUUGUUACCCAUCUCCCCUGCUGCCGGUUGUGCUGAGCAUGGGGCUGCCUUAGCGCCUGAGGCCCUGUCCCCUGGUCUGUUGGUGCUUGGCUUGGCACAAUGCCUGCCACAUGCCAGGCAGGACCUCCUGCCUGCUGUGUGAAGGUUGACGUGAGCUGCCUGCAGCCUGGCCAAGCAGCCAAGGGCUGGGAGUGAGGGCAGACUUGCAGUGCUCCCAUCUCUGCCGGAACCUGCAAGCCUCGGUGUCCCUGUGGUAUGAGCCCAGCCAGCGUGGCCUUGGGGCUCUUCCUGAGGCAGCAUUGGUAUAAUAACACUGAUGAAAAGCUGAUUAAUCCUUGUAAGUGAGCAGCAAUAGCUUUCCUCUAGAACUGAAGAGAUUACCACUGAUUUGUCAUCCUGAUUGUUUCAAAGAGAGGUGCAAUUAGUUGCUCUAAUUUAGCUUCGCUUCUCACUGAGUGGCAUGACAACUGAGAUGUAAUCAGUAGAUUUGCACACGAUGGCUGCCACUGAUGGGUGCAGCUGUGCCUGCCACCAUUUCACAUUCAGAGGUUGGUCACCGAAAUGGUGGAGCACCAUGUGCUCUGUGCAAGGGCCGAGCUGCAGCAGGAUCUGACCCGGGGCUCACAGGCAGGGGCCUUGUUUUUGCAGCCUGCUGAAGGAGGCAACAAGAAGAGCGCUGCAGGAAAGGCUGCCUGCCCUAAGACAUGUCUGCUCAGGCUGUGUGGCCCUGGGUUGUUUUCUAGGACUAGUCCAGAGGUGAAGGUAGCCCUCCCUGGCCCAGCGGAAGCUUACCCAUCUGCAGGCUGGGCAGUGCCUGUCCAGGUACUGGUGCUUGCCUCUUCCAUGUUGGCUUGUUUGGAGCAGUCCUUCCAAGGGAGACAAACACAAUUCACUCUCCGUAAUGGCUGCCUAUGAAUGAUCUCAUAAUGAAGCAAGUGCUUAAGAACCAGGCAGCUGCAUUAGGCAAAAUGUGUGUGCUUAAAUCCGAGUAUCAGCAGUGCUUUUUCCUACUGCCAUGAGCAGCCUUUAAGCCAUGAGGUCGUGGCUGAAUGCACCUGAAUGGUGCUAACAGGAAGGAAAGGACCUCCUCUUAGAAAAGUCACUUUGUUUCCUCCACGACUUCACUGAAGAUGCUGUAUGCUGUUUGACAGACCAGCAUAGAAGAUGCAAGGAUAAAUACGAGGAGAGUUGAUCCAGGUUAGAAGAAGAGGAAGCCAGCAUUUAAUGGCAGUGGUCUGCUGUAGAAUCCAUCCCAGCGUGCUCUCAAAAUGAGCUCUGUCAGCAUGGCCAGGAGGAGGACAUUCCUCCUGGCUGCCACCUCCUCCCUGCGUGGUGUGGUCCUGGAGACAGGCAGCAGGAACAAGGGCUUUGUGGAGCAAUCGUUGCUUUCACAUGUCAACAGCCCUUCCUUUGAGCUCUUGAAGAACUGGACUGAAGGCCACCACCGCCUUCUGCUCCUGCUGAAGCCAUGGCUUGCUGAGGUCCUGUGUGAGGCCCGAGUGGGCCUCCUGUGCUGCAGGAGGCUCAUGAGGAGACAGCAAGAGCAGUGAGUGCCUGCAGGGACCCCAGUGCAUGGCAUGUUCUGUUGCGUUGGGUGUGGGCAUGACGGUACACUUAGGAUGUAUUAAAAAAAAAUGCAUGAAAGGAAACUUGUUUUCCUUUCUCUGCCUCCUGGUUAUUGUCCCUCUCUGGGUGGAGGGGAGGGGAACACAUGGUAUUUCAAAGUCUGUCCGUUUUCAGUGAAACAAGCAUAAAAAUUCAAUUAAAAAUGAACAAAAUAAAGAUGCUUUAAAAACAAAAA